GGGACCGCAGAAAGGGAGAGUGCCGGGCGGGCUUAGUCGGAGAUUGAGGGCUGGGAAUCCGCUUCCGGGAGGGCACUGUCUAGUGCACUGGUGGCGGGACUGGCUUCAUUGGGACAGCCCUAAGCCAGCUGCUGAAUGCCAAAGGCCACGAAGUGACGUUGGUCUCCCGACAGCCCGGGCCCGGCCGGAUCACGUGGGAUGAGCUCGCUGCAUCUGGGCUGCCGAGCUGCGAUGCCGCCGUCAACCUGGCCGGAGAGAACAUCCUCAACCCUCUCCGAAGGUCAGCCUGGGCCCUAAAGCUGAUACCCACUAGAGCACAGGGAGGACAGUGUACCACUGAUGAGAACCUGUGAGCUACCGGUAAUGGAGCUCCCAGAUUCUGAACUAAACCGAUAUCCCAGACUACUCAUUCUGCUCCACUCUUCCACCCAGUCAGCCAAUUGGCUUAAGUCCUCAGGUAUAACUCAGGAUGCCCAGAAAAUGUAUGUAUGCCCUUUCCCUCUACAGGAGACGGUGACUGUUUCUGUUAAGCCAAAAUUCAGGGCUUUACUAGAAAUGGGUAUGAAAUAGUUCCCAGGAAAAGAUAGAGGGAUAUGUGCACCUAUGUAUUUAGCGGCUUUUUAUUUCGCAUGUUUCUCCUGCAGAUGGAAUGAAACCUUCCAAAAAGAGGUUCUCCGCAGCCGCCUAGAGACCACCCAAUUGCUGGCUAAAGCCAUCACCAAAGCCCCACAACCCCCCAAGGCGUGGGUCUUAGUCACAGGUGUAGCUUACUACCAGCCCAGUCUGACUGCAGAGUAUGAUGAAGACAGCCCAGGAGGGGACUUUGACUUUUUCUCCAACCUCGUAACCAAAUGGGAAGCUGCAGCCAGGCUUCCUGGAGAUUCUACACGCCAGGUGGUGGUGCGCUCGGGGGUUGUACUGGGCCGUGGGGGUGGUGCCAUUGGCCACAUGCUGCUGCCCUUUCGGCUGGGCCUGGGGGGCCCCAUCGGCUCAGGCCACCAAUUCUUCCCCUGGAUACACAUCGGGGACCUGGCAGGAAUCCUGACCCAUGCCCUUGAAGCAAACCACGUGCACGGGGUCCUGAAUGGAGUGGCUCCAUCCUCCGCCACUAAUGCUGAGUUUGCCCAGACCUUGGGUGCUGCCCUGGGCCACCGAGCCUUCAUCCCUCUCCCCAGCACUAUGGUGCAAGCUGUCUUUGGGCGAGAGCGUGCCAUCAUGCUGCUGGAGGGCCAGAAGGUGAUCCCACGACGAACACUGGCUACUGGCUACCAGUACUCCUUCCCAGAGCUAGGGGCUGCCUUAAAGGAAAUUGUAGCCUAAGUAGGUCAUGGCAAGGGCCUGAGGCCUGUCCCUCAUAGGCUUCCAGGUUAGGCACUGUGAAUAGGCUCAGCUCCUCUAGAGAGCUGAAGCCAUCUGGUUCUUAGAUUCCUCCCCCAGUCCUCUUUCCCUUUGUUCUGUUGCUCCACCUUAUUGUCUCAAGGCUGUAAUCUCAUCAGGUUGGGACAUUAAUCUUUUCAACUCCUUGUAAGAUUUCCCAGUUGGGUUUCUCUACAUGUCCUGCAGCUGCCCCACUUCUCCUUUAUGCUGUGUAGAGAAUGCUCUGCAGUUUAGGCAAUAAAGAUAAAUUAUCUCACUAA